ACAAACCCACGUUGCCGCGCCCUGGGAGGCUGCAAAACCUUCCUUAUUUUUCCCUUUUAAACCGUCAAGAUGCGGUACAGCAAGCACAAAACCACCCCCAAAAGAACGGGCGGGGCUCUGGGCUUCAAGACGGGAAUACGCAACCGGAAACAACUCAGAAAACAGAAGAGAGAGAUGAAAAAGAUGAACAGGGCUUCCUUCGCGGCCCGGCGUAGAGGAGACAACAAGGACCCCGGAGACACAGAAAUUAGUAAGAUAAUGAAGCUGGGGGGGUUAAUGGAGGCAGGGAAAGCAAGGAAAACAAAUAUAACACCAGGAAAAAGCGACAUUGAACAACCAGAGAGUAAGAUAAGGAAGCUACAGGCAUUGAUGGAGGCGGAGAAGGCGAAAAUGAAGAGUGAGAAAGAUCAAACGCGGAGCAAAAUAAGGAAGUUACAGGCCAUGGUGGCGGCGGAGAAGGUGAAGAUGAGGAUAAAGAAGAGUGACAGCGCGGCAGAGAAGAGUGACAGCUGGGAGAGUGAGAAGGACAGCGACGUAGAACAACCACAGAUGAGAAUUAAACGGCUGCAGGAGUUGGUCGAGGCAGAGAAAGCGAAGAUGAAGGCGAAGAAAAUGAAUAAAUCACCUGAGAAGAGCGACACGGAACAACGGAGGGGGGUGGAAAAGGUGAAGACGAGGGUAAAGAAGACUGAGAAGGCAGAAGAGAAGAGUGACAGCUGGGAGAGUGAGAAGGAAGAAGAGGAGGAACAAGACGGAUUCAAGCCCUCGGAAGCUUCAAAAUCUGAACGAAUGGCACGCUUACAGGAAUUCGUCAACCGGGAAUCGGGAAUCGGCGCCUCAACCAGUAAUUCCAAGCCGCCGGGAAUCGCAGAGGAAGAAACCGAGGAAGCAGCGAACCUAAUCAAGGACAAGCAGAAACUGAAACGGCUGCGGAACGAACAGAAACUCGACACGAAGGAGAUCAACAAGCUGGCAAGACUGAUGAGGAUGAGCAAGCCGCAGAAGAAGAAGGUGGCGCCCAUCUUCGCCGACGACUUUGGGGGUCUUCUGCGGGACAUAGAGGAAGGGACGAUGAGCCACGCCGAUGGGUACAAGAACGAUGAGGGGGAUGAGAAGGGCGAAGAUGGCAGCGAUGAGGAGUUUGAGAGAGAUAUGGCAGCUGCUCUCGGCCAGAAAACGGUGAAGAAGAAAAAGAAGAUGAAAACAGAGGAGGGGAAUGAAGAUAAAGGGAAGAAGAAGGUGGAUAUAGAGGAGGAAGAAGAGGAAGAGAAGGUGACAAUAGAGGAAGAAAAGGAAAAUAAAGGGAAGAAGAAGGUUGAUAUAGAGGAGGAGGAAGAAGAGAAGGAGAAGAAAAGUGAAGAAAAAGUUAAAAAGAAAAAGAAAGUGACCAUACAAGAAAAUGAAGAAGACAAAAGAAAAAAGAAAAAGGUGAAAAUGCAGGAAAAAGACGACAAAGGAAAGAAGAAAAUGAAGAAAAUGACGGCUGGGAACUUUGACCCUGAAAAUGAGUUCCGAGCAAGUGACUUCAACCUCCAGCACACGGAGAAUGUGAGUGAAGAUGAAGAUGGUGAAUAUGAGGACUAUGAGUAUGAAGAAGAAGGUGACAUGUUUGUGGAUGAUUGUGAAGAAGGAAAAUCUAGUAUCGCACCCAAAAAAGAAAAUGGUAGUGAGGACGAGGAAGGUGAUGAGAGCAAGUUCAGCAGUGAUGAUGAUGACGUGUUCAAUGACAGCAAAUUCAGUGACGAUGAUGGCGAAGAUGAAGGUGAAAAGAGGAAGAAAGAAAAACCUAGAAUCACACCCAAACAGAAAAAAGAUGAUGGUGUUGAGGGUAAGUUUAGCAGUGAUGAUGAUGGUGGUGAGGAAGAGGAAGAUGUGCUCAAUAAUGGACGAUUCAGUGAAGAAGGGGAGGAGGAGGAAGAAGAUGGGUAUAACAUAAGUAAAUUCAGUGAUGAUGAUGCUGAGGAAGAGGAAGAAGAGGAGGAGGAGGAUGUAGACGGGUACUAUGACUUGGAGGCAGAGGACGAAGAUGAGAAAGACGAGGGAGAGUUAGACGAAGAAGAAGAAGAUGGGAACGAUAAGGCAAUUAACUCGGAACCAGAAGACGAUGAUGGAAAUGACACCGGAUCAGCCGAGGAAGAGAACGAGGGCGGAUUCUUUGACCUGGAGGCGAUGGAGGAUAGCGAGGCAGAUGAGGAGAGUGACGACGACGGGGAGUUAGUCCAUGAUAUCCGCAAGGAGGAGGAGUAUGCCUUCGAGGGCGGAUCGGGGUACAGCAAACCAGAGAUCCUGAAGAACGGAAUGGAAAACGACAUCGACCGCUAUUCCAGCAACAGCGACGAUGAUGAGGACUUGGAGGGCUUCGUUAUCGAUGACGGGACGGUGGAAUAUGACGACGAUGCGAGUGAUGAGUUGCCGGAUGAGUUGAGCGAUUCGCCGACGCCGGAAAAACGAAAAAAGAGAAGAAGGAUCGUGAUGGAGACUGAUGAAGAGGGUGAGGAGAAGGAAGAUGGGGGUGAGAGUGACGACGAGGGUGAAGAUGGUGAUGACAAGGAGUUUUUCUUCUCGGCGCGAGGCUGGAAGAAUAAACAUCAGGAAAAAAUAAGCAAAAGGAAUGAAACAGUCUGCAUUGAAACGACGUCGGAUGAGGAUAGUGGCGACGAGGCGGAUAAAACGAUGAGGGGAAUGAAACUGAAGACGAAGGGGAAGAAACCGAAUGCCAAGAAGCGAAAACUGGUCAUAGAAAGUGAGUCAAGCCCGGAAAAACAACAAGAAGAAGAAGGAAACGACGCAAAAAUGAGGGUUAAGAAAAUGAAGAUAGACGACGAAGGUGACGAUGAUGCAGAGGCGAGCGAGAAGAGAGCGAUGGGAGAUGAAGAUGGAACGGAGAGUCCCGUCAUCGUCUCCGUGGUGGAUUUGAUGAAGAAGGAGUAUGAAGAUGAUGCGGAUAUCUCAACAACGGAUAGUGUAGAUGUCUUAACACUUCUGAAGGCGAAGAUGAAGAAGAAGAAGAUGGUGAAGAAGGACCCCAAUGAUGAUAGUGAUGCCACGAUGGAUGGUAUUUUGGAAAUCAUCGCCAAAAGGAAGAUGAAGGGAAAGAAGAUGACGGGAGAUGAAGAUGGUGUUUCCGAAGCCACCGAAACGAAGAAGGAAGAGAAAACGGACGAUGAUGCAGAAACCAAACCCCAAAAGAAAAUGGUAAGGGAAUUAGAUGAUGCCACGGGUGAUUCUAUGAUGGACGACGAUGCCUCACAGACGUCCACCAUCAAAAAGAAGAAGAAAAAGGCGAAGAAAAUGAGUGUAAACGACGAUGAUGAAUCUACAGUCAACAGCGAAGAUCUGCCGCCAGCCAAGACAAAGAAGACAAAGAAGAAGAAGGGAGUAGAAGACGGGGUAAUCGACGACACCUCAACCGUAGAUAGUGAAGAAGUAACAAUCACCAAAAACAAGAAGAAAAAGAAGAAGGAGGAAGACAAAAACUCGGCCAGUGUGUUGACGAUGGAAGAUGAUGAUAGUUCACCCGUCGAGGAGAAGAAGAAGAAGGCGGAAAAGAGGAAGUUGGAGAAGGAGGAUAGUGAAGAAAAUUCCCCCGGAGAUGACGAUGGCGUCCGACAGGUGAAGAAAAAGAAGAAAAUGGAGGAGGAAAACAACGAAGAUGAUUCCUUGGAAGAUAACGAUGGUGGUGAACAGAUGAAGACAAAGAAGAAAAAGAAGAAAACUGAAGAUGGAAGCAGUGAAGAAAAUUCCGAGGUAGAUGACAAAAAACUUCAAAAGAAAACAAAGAAAAAGAAGAAGAAGGAAGAGGAGGAGGAGGAAGAGGAAGAAAAAGAAGACAAAGUAGAAGAGAAGACAAAGAAGACAGAACUCAAAGAAAAUGCAGCUCCCUCGGACAAACUAACGAAGAAAAAGGAAGAAAAGGGAGCGGAAAAAAAAGAUGCUGGUCGGAAGAAGUUGAUCGCUCUUCCUGAGAUAUCCAAUUCUGAGGAAGAGGAGGAAGAAGAGGCGGAGGAAGAAGGAGAGGAGGAGGAGGGGGAGGAAGCUGAAGGAGAAGAGGAGGAGGAUAUUGAAGAUGAGGAGGAGGAGGAGGAGGAGGAUGGUGAUAUUGAAGAAGAGGAAGAAGAGGAGGAGGAGGAGGGAGAUAUGGAAGAAGAAGAAGGAGAAGAGGAAGAAGUGUCUAAUGAAAGUGACUUAGAAGAAAAGAGAAUAUCGAAACCAAAUCAAAAGAAGAAAAACGAAAACAACAAGGAAGACAACAUCAGCUCGGAUGACGACAUCUUAACUGAGGACAUUUACGGGAGGCUACGCGACCGACACGGCAACAUCGUAACACAAAACAAACCCAACACAAGCUCCGGAAACCAACCCGACGGCGCUCGCUACGUACCCCCGGCGCUACGCAAGCUCUCCGCGCUGAACCAGUCCGCGGAGAAACGCCAACAACUCGCAGCCGUCAAACGAUCGCUCAAGGGCCUCAUCAACCGCCUGGCCGAGAGCAACAUGGGGGGAAUUGCGUCGGAGAUCGAGGGGAUGUACGCUAAACACGCCCGGAAUGACGUAAAUGACAUGUUGACGGCCCUGCUUAUGGAGGCGGUGGUUGGCCCGACACUGACCCCUGAGAGGCUGACGCAGGAGUUGGCUUUGCUUGUCGCGCUCCUCUCGGCGAAUGUGGGGAAUGAGAUCGGCGCUCACAUCCUUAACGAAUUUGUCUUGCGCUGGCAUGAUGGAGUGGACAACCUUGACCGAGACUCCGAGGAAGGGGCGGGCUGUAAGGAGCUGGACAACCUCACCCUCUUCGUCUGUCACCUCUACGCGUUCAGGGUGGUCGAGGCGAGGCUAAUCUACGACAUCCUCCAUCGUCUGGCGCAGGGCUUCUCGGAGAAAGAGGUCGAGCUCAUUCUCCAGGUCCUACGCAGCAUCGGGUUCAACUUACGGAAGGACGACCCGCUCGCCCUCAAAGCCCUCAUCACCCUCAUACAGACGAAGGCGGCCGACGUACGCGAGAAGACGACGAAGGAGAGCGAGGAGCGGAAGAAAAUAGGAGGUCGGAGUACGGAUGGCGACGAGGGAACGGAGUACUCGCGUGUGACCUUCAUGCUGGAGACAAUUCAAGCCGUGAGAAACAACAACGUGAGUAAACUGCCGAAUUACGACCCGACGCACAUGGACCAUCUACGGCAAGUUCUCCGAGGCCUGGUGAAGAAGGGGAGGCAACCGUCGGCACUGAACGUGAGCCUCGAGGAUAUGGUCAAGGCGCGGGAGUGUGGGCGAUGGUGGGUGGUAGGCUCAGCGUGGUCCGGCGGGCUUAUUGACGAGGCACCACGGAGCGAGAAGAGCGUCGACGGAAGGAAGGAAAAAAGUGCGGAGUUGGAUGCAAAAUACAGCGAUGCGUUUAUGCGGAAAGCCACGAAACUGCAGCUGUCGCGUCCGCCUCGAGUUAAUAUCCUCUACAUCUUAACCGAAGGCUCCGAGGACUAUUUGGACGCCUUUGAGAAGCUCCUCCAUCUGAGCCUUCCCCAGCAGCAGGAACGCGAGAUCUUCAGCGUGAUCCUCCUUUGCUGCCAGAAGGGUAAGGUGUUCAAUCCCUUCUUCAGCUACCUCGCCGACCGCAUGUGCAAGUUCGACAAGAAGUUCGUCCGCUUAAUCCAGUUCGCCCUCUUUGACAAGUUCGAGGAGUUGGAGGACAUGAAGGUGCGGGAGGUUGGGAAUAUUGCCAAGUUUGUGACGCACCUCAUCGCGGAGACCAGCCUCAGCCUCACUGUCUUCAAGAACGUCAAUUUCAUGGAUGCCGACAAGCGGAUGAUCAGUUUAAUCCGCCAGGUCGUCAUCUCUCUCCUCCUCCACCCGGCAGGAACGGAGACGGUGGAGCGGACAUUCUCGGUGCUCUCCGCCUCGCCGAAACUUAAGGUCCUCCGCCAGAGCUUGCGUAUCUUCAUUCUCAAGUUCAUUAAGGGGAAGAAAAACAGCGAGGAUACCAAUUCGGCGAUGCUGGGGCGGAGGGUUGAGACUGCGGUAGAGAUUUUGAGUAGUGGGGGCGGAGUGAGGCUGUAGUGUGUGUGUGUGUGUGUGUGUUUAGGGAUGACAAUAUGUGUGUGUGUGUGUGUUUUUGUGCUUUCGUUUCACAUAAAAGAGUGUGUGUGUGUGUGUGAGGUUCUAGAGUGUGUGUAUGUGAGGUUCUAGUGUGUGUGUGUGUUUUGUGCUUUCGUUUCACAUAAAAGUGUGUGUGUGUGUGUGUGUGUGUGUGUGUUUUUUAGUAAGUUUGUUUCCUUUGUUCGUGUUUUAUUUAUUCUUAUUUUUAGAGGAGGAAGACAUAUAAGUUUUUCUCACGUUUGUGUUGCUGGGUAUGUGUUGCGUCUGUUUCUGUGUGUGUGUGUGUGUUGCAAGGAUAACUAGCAGAUGAUGAUGAUGAUUGAGUAGGCGGAACACUACUACUACUACUACUACUACUGUGUUUCGCAUAUCCCCAAGGCCAGUGUUGCUAUAGUGUUACGUAUGAACCAGUGUUACAUAAGCCUGUGUUAUUGUAUUCUUAAACCAGUGACGUCAACCGAUGACAUGACAGAAGGAAAAUAUUAACUUGUGUCUUGAAAUGAAGGACGAGGGAGUGAUGGAGAAGGUGAGAAGGGAAAGAAAGGAAGAAGGAAAGAUGACAAGAAGGAGAGGAAAGAAGGAAAGAGGAAAAGACAAAAUGAGAUGACAAGGAAAAGGAAGGAAAGGAGGAGACAAAAUGAGAUGACAAGGAAAAGGAAGGAGAGGAAGAGACAAAAUGAGAUGACAAGGAAAAGGAAGGAAAGGAAGAGACAAAAUGAGAUGAGAAGGAAAAGAAAGAAGGAAAAAAUGACAAGAAGGAAGAGAAAGAAGGAAAGAGGAAGGGAAAAUGAGAUGAGAAGGAAAAGAAAAAGAAAAAAUGACAAGAAGGAAGAGAAAGAAGGAAAGAGAAAGACAAAAUAAGAUACGAAGGAAAGGAGAGAAAGAAGAAGAGGAGAAAAAUAACAACAGAAAAAAAGACAAGAAAAGAAAAGAAAAAGAAAACAAAAGGCAACAGAGAAUAACAUGAACUCGUGUCUUUAAAUCAAUAACAAAAAAAACAAAACAAAAAAAAAAACGUAUUUAAACCAGACAAAAUAAAAUAAAGUCUUGUCUCUCAUAUAACCAACAAUCUUUAUUUUACUUCAUACGUAUCAUCUCUCGAUAUAAGUGUCCGUUUCCAUCGGUCGUUCCGUUCGUACUCCGCUAUUUCCCACGUUCGUCACACUUAUAUUAUUCAUCAGUGUCGUUGAGUUCAUCGUUCCUAGUCGGUGUUAAUUCUACAACACUUCCGUCUAUAGUUUUUAGCUUCGAUUCCAUUCCUUACGAAGACUCGAGUUGCGUUGCGUGAAUUCCAGUGCUGCGUAGAUUUGUGUUCCAUCGUUACUCACCAGAUAGAAAGAAUACUCGUAAUAUAUUCAACAUGCAACAAUUUCUUUCCCAUGUGUUUCUCGUACAGGGCGUAUUUAGUGUUAAGGGUAUUAUUUUUAUCGUUGUUUCUUUUUCCAGUUCGUAUUUGACUGUGAUAGUUAUGUGAAGUCUCUGCUAUUCGUCCGAUGUCAAACGUCAGAUUAAGGCUUUUGGAAUGACUCGUAUGAUGCAAAGAAUUCAGCUAUUUCUGAGUUGGGAGUUUGGAGUUGAAGGGAAAUUUGGUUUGAUAUAAUUCAUGUGCUUAAUAUAAUGUUAGUUUUGGAAAAAGAAUCAAAUUAGGUUUUACAAGUCACUAGAAUAUGUCCAGCAGAAUGUUUCCUAAUGUGUUAUUUAUGGGGAAUGCCAAGUUAGGUUCAGAGAAUUAUUGGAUCAUAGAAAAAUAAAGUCUAAUUUGUCAGUGACCAUAGAAAAACAGUGUUGUCUAAUUUGUCAGUGACCAUAGAAAAACAAUGUUGUCUAAUUUGUCAGUGACCAUAGAAAAACAAUGUUGUCUAAUUUGUCAUUGGUUUUAAAAUCACAGAAAUUAUAGAAAAGAAUAACUUCGUCUAACUUCUCAUUGCGGUAAGUCAAAUCAGGCUUUAAAAAUCAAAAUUAUACAAAAAAUCAAGCUUACCUUAUUUUUCCACAUCAGUUAAUGUCAAACUCUGUAUUAAAAUAACGAUAUUGAUAAAAAAAAUAUUGUUACCUGAUUUCUCAUGGAAGUAGAAGUCAAAUUAGGUUUAAAGAAAGACUUCAGUCCAUGCACACACCUGUCUCGUUAGGGAGGUGUGGCCAGGUGUGUUGCAUUCCCAGAGUCACCUGGAAGAACCUGAGAUGAUGGGUACCUUGCUGUUUGGUGUUAGGGAAAGGAUUUUAUUUUUUUAAGUUUUCCAUUUUAGUUUUUCUUCGCUUUGUGUCGCGUCCUGCAAACCAUCCUUGUACAGUGUGUUGAGAAUAAAGGACUUCUUGUA